CUUUGGCUUGCAGAAGGGAGCUGGAGCGACUGGCUCGAGAGCAUAAGGAAAGCAAAAAGGCGUCAUCACAAGCCUCAGAAAAGCAAGAUAAGCUGCAGAAGAACAAGAAUGGCCGCUCGGAGAAGAUUAAGGUACCCGCAAAAGAGCAGCAGCAGGAAACCAAAAAACCAGAGGUCUGGACAAAGAGCAAAGCAACAGCAGCAGGAAACCAAAAUCCCAGAGGUGCCGAGUAAGCGGGACAGGAUCUUGGACCUGAGGUUUGACAUCUGUGAGUCUUCGCAGAACAGGAUCAGACAUAUUCUGUCAUCCUGGGACAGGGUUCAGGGUAUCAUGAACCAAGUGCCAGACAAGUCCCACUCUUCCCCUAAACACAGAGAUGAGAAGAAGAGCAGUAAGUCUCCGGAGAAGCCAGAGAAGAAUCCUCUGGAAAAACAUGGCAGCCACAAGAGUCUUCAGCAGGAAGGGGAAGUUGCAGAAGGCUCAGUCGGAAGCCAGGAUGCCGGAGUGCCCUGCUUGGACUUCCACGUCACGCGUCGUGAAAAGGUGUUUAGGAGGAUCCUGAAGAGCAAGAAGCUGCCACCACCAAAGCAGAUCCUGCACUCUCUGGGACUGGGACCUCCCAUUCCCCCUGGCUCUCUUUUCUCUGUGGUCCCCUACCCAGAGGAGGACAGAGUCCCCACAGCAACAGAAGACCUCAGACACUUCAUCUUUGUUGAACCUGAGGGUGCUGCUGCAGAAGAUGAUGUGGCCCCAGAGGCAGAGGCACAGGACCACUUGAAGAAGGGGAAAGCCAGACACAAGUCUAGCAAGGAAAAGCCAAACUCCCCCCAGAGCCCGAAAAGUCUCCAGGAUCACUCCCCAGAAACACCCAGAAGUUCACCUGAGCCAAUGAAAAGCCAACUGCAGAGUGACUCAACCCUCGAGAGACCUGCCAGGCUGAGAAGGUUCCGGUGGAUCGUUCCUGCCCACGCUGAGGUGGAACUGAAGAUCCGCUUCAGCCCCACAGUGCCAGGGCAGUUUGACCAGCUGAGGAACUUUGAGAUCCUGGGGUCAAAGCGCCUGUACCAGUUGCCCUGCAGUGCCACUGCCCUGUACCCCAGCAUCAGCCAGAACCCACGGCUGGUGUUUCCUCGCGGGAGGAAGAGCAAGGAGAAGGAGGACAUCAUCUCCAAGGAAUAUGUCAUGAGCACAAAGCAGUUCCACUUUGGACCGCUGCUUUGUGGCGAGUCAGGAGAGUGGUACAAGGCACAGAACUGCCCCGGCAACAGCGAAAAGUUACCCAUCCUCAACGACUCCCCCAUGGAGGCAGAGGUGCAUUUCUCCUUUGAGAACGACAGCAAAGGAGAGACGUUCCUUUUGGACCCUCCCAGCAUGAGGCUGCAGCCCAAAGAGAAGAAGAAGCUGAGUGUUUGGGCGUACCCGACUUCUGCUGGCCUCCUGGGAGACAGUCUCGUCUGCUGGAUCAAGGACAACCCGGAGCCAGCGGUCUUCCGACUGUGCUGCCAAGGGGUGCACGUGAAGCUGAGGGUCAGCCCCCAGGAGCUGCAUUUCAACAAGCUGCUUCUGCACAGGACUGACACCCAGACCCUGGUCCUGAGAAACGACAGCCCACUGCCCAUGGCAUGGCAUCUCAGUGGGCUGGACGACCUUGGAGAUGACUUCUCUGCAUCGCAAGGCAGGGGCAUCGUUGGGCCCCGCACAGACUUUGAGGUGAAGCUGGAUUUCAAGGCCGAGAAGAUUGGCAUCACAAAUAAGAUGAUCCGACUAGAGGUUUCAGAUACAGAAAACAUCCUGGGCAUUGUUCAGGCUGAAACCAUCAAAGUCUCUGUGGAGGUCUACGAUGUUAAUCUGAGCAUCAACAUGCCUGAAGGUCCAGAUGGCAGCUUGGAAUUUGGAACCAUUAAUGUCCUGGAUAAUAAGCAGCAAGUCCUGAGUCUGCAGAACAAAGGCUUGUAUGACAUUGAGUACAGUUUCAAGCUGACCACUGGAAGUGCCAAGAGGGGCGACUUGGAAUCUCCCUUCACUGUCCGGCCGCAGGGGGCUGUGCUGAAAGCCUCCCGGCCACCUGUGAAAGUUGAGGUCCUCUUCCACCCCACGACUGAAAUGUUUCUCGAGAGCAAACCCAUCCUGCUCUGCCAGGUCAUUGAUCUCAAAUCGGGUCAAGGAGGCGAGACCGUUGCCACCAUCCCAGUGAGGGUGUCGGCGAGAGCUGUGUACAGCAAGGACAGCAUCGAGCCUGCCUCGCCCAUCGACUUUGGUGCCAUGGUUAAGGGCACCAAGAAGAGACAGGUCUUAAUUGUAGAGAACAAAGGCGCCCUCAACUUCAAAUUCCUCAUCCGCCGAGCACCUCCACUGCAAAGUUCAGAGCAAGAGGAAUCUGCCCCCUCGGUCAGGGAAAGAAAACGCUCCACACAGGCUCAGCUCACUGCAGGCGUGUUCACGGUGUCCCCUUGCUCCGGCUCCGUCGGUCCUGGGGGCCAGCAGAAGAUCACAGUGGAUUGCAGCCCAGGAGCAGAGGGGAAAUGUGAGGAGCAGCUGUACAUUGACAUCAGCAACAGAGACCCCAAGGACAAUCCCCUCGGCAUUCCCUUUACCCUGACUGCCGAGUCCUGCUUCCCAGCGCUUGUUGAAGACGUCACGUCCAUCUUUGAGCAGUACCCGAUCCACAGCAACGUCAAUCUCCGCCAGACGUUACAGUCGGUGCAAGGCAACGGUGUGUUCAUCAGAGAUGAUAACAAAUUCAUCUUCACCAAAGUUCAGGUUGGGCAACGGGCCACGGCUCGCUUCAAGAUCUCUAAUGGCAGCAGUGUCCCAUGUGACGUGGUCCUCUCCAUCAAAGCCUUGCCUGGAGAGCCUCACAGCCUCAUCAGCAACAUCUUCAAGCUGGAUCCUGUCGAGAUGAGCAUUCCUGGCUUAUCCCACGCCUUUGCUACAGUGACCUUCACUCCAGAACAAAAGGAGGACUACCAGUGCACUUUCACAGCUUCCCUUGUUAGCCCAAAAAGCAGCUCCGUGAAGAUGAAACCCCAACAGCUGACCUUCACUGUCAGUGGAGAGGGGCACGUGCCUCAGGUGACAGUCGAGUGCCCGGGCCUUCGGAGUAAGAGAGGAACCCCUGUGCUGCGCUUCAGGAGGCUCCUGCUGGGGGAUUCACAGACACUCCCCCUGGUCCUUCGUAACAAUGGCAUCAUACCCACAAAGUUUACAGUUCAUAUCAUGGACGACAAGGGAGUUUUCUUUAUGAAAGGCAGGCAGUCCGCACUCCGUGCCUUCCACAUUGCAGACAUGGAAAAGGACUCCACUGGAAAAGCCAAGAAGCGUCCCGAGAAGCCUUACCUGCUCCUGGAACACGGGCAAUCAGCAGAGUUUGACGUGUUUUUCAAACCCACCCUGGCCCAACGUCUGAAAGGGAAGAUCCGUGUGCCAGUGUCAGGCAACAGUGAGAUCGACAUAGAGCUGGUGGGUGAAGACCACAAUGAUGACUUCACCCUUGAUAACCUCCCUGGACUAGCAGAAGACAGCCAGGAGAGCAAUGCUGAGGGCAAUCUGGAGGACGACAUCAUUGAGGCUGUCAGAGCGAAUCACAUAAAGUUUGGGGAGUGUGCAGUCGGGGAGCUCUGCGACAAGACCUUCACAGUCACCAACCGCAGCAAGGAGGAGGUGAUGUGGUUUGAGUGGCUGCUGGCAGAUGCCCUGUUCCAGUUCUCCCCCAAGGUGGGACACCUCCAGCCUGGCUGUGCCAAGAAUAUCAGAGUGACCUUGAAAUCCAAGGUCCCGGUCACCAUCAAAAGGCCCUCUGUGAACUGUAAGGUGGCCAAGAUCAAAUACCAGCUGCCACCAGAGGAGGUUUACGACUGGGACGACAGAAUGCGCACUGAGAAGUGGGAGGAUACCACCGAGAGACUCCCGGGAGCCCGCUGGCCUUUGAAGCGGAGGGUGGUCAAGGCAGUCCCGGAACCACCUCACACCAUCAUGGAGAGGAGCAGCCACGAGGUCGAGCUUGUCCUCAGUGCUCAGGUUGACUACGCCGAGUUCAAACUGGACACGGUCGAGGUUCAGCUGAAGCAGACUGAGCUCUUCCAGACAGAGAUAAGCACUUUCCGGAUGUCCAAUACAGGGAAUGUAGCCCUGAAAUACUGCUGGGAGGAGAAUCUGGAGGAGGAAAUACCAUCAAAGAGUUCUGGGAGGCCGUUCUCGUCCACUCAGACACGUGAUUUCUUGUCCUCUACUGCUGAGGAUCUCUGGGGAAGGAAUCAUGCAAGGCUGGUGCAGCAGGCAUUGCUGCUCGAGUCAACUCAGCCCCAGCCAACUCAGCCCCAGCCAACUCAGCCCCAGCCAACUCAGCCCCAGCCAAGUCUGCGCCUUUCCAAGCAGCUGUGCCGCUCUUCGAAGGGCCUUAGCUCCUCCCCGGAAUUCUCUCCAAUUCCCGUCAAGUACCCACCACUGUUCUCCAUCGAGCCCCACUGUGGUACCAUCCCUGCUGGCCAGAAUCAGAUUUUCUGUGUGAAAUUCUUCCCGACGCGUGUGGGGGAAUUUAAGGCCGAAAUGCUGUGCAGACUUCUUAACCUGAAGCCAUCUCAGAAGAGCCCACGGGUGUUUGUGAUGGGGAAAGGCUGUUUGCCAAAGGCUGAUCUGAAAUGCUCUACAUCACUGCAAAAAGGUGAAACCCAGAGCAGCAAACCCAAGAAGAAGGUGCAGCGGUCAGCAAAACUAGAGUGACACCAUUUGUGUCAUGGCUUCUCCUGCUCGUGGUUUCCCAGCCUUCAGCAGAGACCUCCCCAGCUACUCUUCAAGCCCCAACACCCAUCUCUACCUCAUCUGUGUACUACCUAAUAAACUGUGUCUCAACGCA